AUGGUCCGGUUUCGUGCUUGGAACCAGGUGCGGGCUUUUUGCCUGCGGUGUUCAGCGGACCGUGAAGUGGCCAGGGUCGCAGGCUUUAGCACCAAGACCCGGCAUGGAUUACAACCUCCAGAGUCCAGUAGUAAAGAGUUGCGGCCCACCAAGGACCUUACAUUUCCAGGGUCGCUGCGGAUGGAGGACCUCAGUCGCGAGGAGCUGCUUAAUGUGAUCAAGGCAGCCGUGGUUGAGCAGGAAGGCUCUCUGGUGACAAUUAACAAGCCUCAGGGGCUGCCAGUUACAGGGAAGCCAGGAGACCUGACGCUACUCACAGUGCUGCCAGACCUAAGUCAGUCACUGGGGCUCAGGGAUCAGGAGCUCCAGGUUGUCCGAGCACCUGCGAAGGAUUGCUCUGGGCUUGUCCUCCUUUCCAGCUGUCCUCAGACCACAAGCCAUCUCCACAAAUUUUUCACUCAUUCACGAAGAGUCCAGAGACCCACAGCUCUCUACUGCGCUGUCACUGAUGGGAUCCCAGCUGCUUCCGAAGGGAAGAUCCAAGCAGCUCUGAAACGGGAACACAUUAAUGGGGUCGAACUUGUAGUUCCGGUGAAGCCCCCAUCCCGGAAGCAAGUCCUGGAAGGAGUCAAGAAUACCCUCAGCUACUUUCGUGUCAUAGCCACAGGCUCUGGCUGUGCCCUGGUCCAGCUGCAGCCACUGACAGUGUUCCUCGAUCAGCUCCAGGUGCACAUGACACUGCAGCUCUGCCCUGUGCUUGGGGACCACACUUACUCCUCGCGCGUGAGCACGGUCCUGGGUCAGCGUUUUCUCUUGCCAGCCGAGAACAUUAAGCCGUCAAAACAGGUCAUGAGUGAAGCCCUUCUGCGAUGCCUCCUCCUGACCUCCUCCCAGGCUGCCCAGCUGCCAUUGCACCUCCACCUGCAGUCUCUCUUCCUCCCAGGACCCAGACCCCAGGAUGCCCCCAAUGAAUUUCGGGCACCACUGCCACCUUACUUCUCUAGGACCCUACAGUGCCUGGGGCUUCACCAGUAA